CUUGUCAUUUGUGAUUCAUUGUCAAAACGACAAUCCCAUUUCCAAAACAACAAUAAAACAAUCAGAAACCGCUACAAAGAGUCUGAUUGUACCUUUUGGAAAAUAACCGCCGCCGUUUACUCUCGUUUUAACAAUUAGGUGGUCGGUGUGUUUACGACAAUAAGGAGUUCUUUGUUUAAAAAAUGUCGCACCACAGAAGAGACUAUAGAAGGCAACCGACAAGCAAUUUCACAUAUGUGAGCCCCUGUGUCAAAUAUCUGAUAUUCCUGCUCAAUUUUAUUUUCUGGUUAUUUGGAGGGCUGUUAAUUGGAAUCGGUUUGUACGCCUUUUACGAUAAGUACCAACUCACAGGAUGGGUAAAAUUGGAAAACAUAUAUGACGUUAUUUUAAAUAUUUCUUUGGUCAUGGUGAUAAUGGGAGGAGUAGUGUUCAUUGUUAGUUUCGCAGGCUGUGUUGGAGCACUUAGAGAAAAUACCAGACUCUUACAAUUUUAUUCCUUGUGUUUGCUCAUCUUCUUUCUGCUAGAAAUGGGAAUUGCCAUUGUUGGAUUUGUAUUUCCCAGAUCAAUGCAAUCAGUUUUGGAGGAGAAUUUCACUGAUAAAAUCAUACAUACAUACAGAGACGAUCCUGACCUACAAAAUCUGAUUGAUUUUGCUCAACAAGAGUUCCGGUGUUGCGGCCUCAGUUCAGAGGGCUAUAUGGACUGGUCGAAGAAUGAAUAUUUCAACUGUAGCUCGCCUAGUGUCGAACAUUGCGGAGUCCCAUUUUCCUGUUGCAUCAACGCGACCGAUAUCAGUUCACGACUUGUCAACAUAAUGUGUGGAUAUGGCGUCCAAACUCUAUCGGUGGCUGAAGCUAGCAAAAAAGUGUGGUCAUCUGGUUGCAUAGAAAUCGUUCGGUCGUGGGCAGAACGCAAUUUAUACACGAUAGCGGGGAUCGCAUUGGUGAUUGCAUUAUCGCAACUGUUCGUCAUUUAUCUCGCCAAAACGUUGGAGGGUCAGAUUGAAUUGCAAAAAUCCAGAUGGGCUAGUUGAAACAUCGGAUGCGUUUGUACAUACCAAGACGUCCAGCAGUUCUAAUUAUCAUCCCUCUUUCCCCAUUUAUAUUCAACAUAGUAGUCUAUUUUAUCCAUUUUUGUCAAGCCAAAUGUACACAUUUUUAUAGUUUUAUGCACAUCAUAUAUUUUUGAAAAUGCACCACCGUCGUUCAUUUACAUACAUACAUUUAUCUUUUUCUCAUAAUAAAUAAUCAUGCUCAUUGUUUUGAGCAUUCCAUCAUUAGCUUGGAUACAGAAACAUUCCGUCGUCUCUCAUCUCUUGCAUUGGCUGUAGACUGAUUUUAAUAAUGUAAUAAAUUAUAUACGCGUAAUUUUAGACCGCAUUCUGCAAAUGUCCAAGUUGGUGGUCAAAUGAAAUUUGUAUAUCGGGUCAUAAAUUUAAUUUUCAACACACUCAAACGUUUCAACAAAAACGGUUUUAUUGUGCCAAAAUAAAAAUUUACUCCGACUUAUAACGUUGUUAUAACGUCAAUUUGAACUUGGACAUUAUGCGUUUUAAUAAUUUAGAAUUUAGUCUAAAUCGCUCUUUUUAUCUCUCGGAUCAAAAAUCGUGACGUGAAAAAUAAUAAAUCUCUCAACAAAAUGUGAUUCAUAGUGUAAAUGUUAGUUUAGAAGGUGCCCUUCUACUUAUUGGAAAAUGAUAUUUUUAUGAACUAUUGUAUAUGUUAGUGUGUUUGUAAUAUAUAAUUAAUACACCUGUUUUUACAUA